UUACUGUGUGAUAAUGCUCUAGUCUUUGCAUGCACAGUUGGGCAAAAGCCAAGCAAGGCUAAAUACUACUUGGACGAUACUACUGAAGUGACAAGCAUGCUUGAAUCUCUAGCUGAGGCAUCAGAGGCUUCAAACUUCUCUAUGCGUGAACUUGAUGAUGCCCUUUGAUAUGAAACCAGAUCUUCUGCCAGGUUUUGCCCUCUAUGAUCUCAAUUCCAGUUCUGUUUGCUCUGUUUCUGCAGCAUCCUAUGGUCUUGUUCUGAUAAACACUAUCAAUGAAUGAUGUGCAUAGAUGGCUAAAGUGGUUACACAGGCAAAAAGACAAGGAAAAAAAGAGACUGGAGUUUGGUGGUCUGUUUGUUGUGUUUGUGAUUGAAAGAAAGAAAAGAAGAAAAGGGUAGUGUUAGUGGUAAAAAAAAGGAAAAAAAAAUGGUGAUGUGAAGCUUUGUUCUUUUCAGAAUGUUAUUUGAAGAGCAAUCAAUCAAUCAAUCAAAGGAGGAGCAAUAGUAGGUUUCAGGGCUGUGUUGCAGGAUGUUGAAGUAACAACAAGCAAAAAGCUUUUUCCUGAUCUUUUUCUUUCUUCUUUUCUUUUAUUAUUAAUGAUUAUUAUUUGUUAUUGUAAUUGGAUGAUCUUGAGGAUAUCAAUUUGGGAUUCGGCCUGUUUAUUGGAUCUUGAACAAAAACGAAACUGUGAAAACCAAAAAUAGUAUGUAAAGAUAACGUUGCGUGUCCAUUGUUGAUUUUUUUUUUUUCAUUUAUUAUUAUUCGUUGUGCCUUUCUUUGUAUAUAUUAUAGUUAUAUACCGUAAGGCUGAAAGUGUCAAAUGUCAGAACUAGGCUGGAAUAAAAACGUUUCUACUUUUAUUGUUGUGAAGGGCCAGCCCAGUACCAGUCAUUAGAUUGAGCCCAAUGGGCCUUGCGUCUUUCUCGCUAAAUGUGCGAUUGCUUCGUGUUUCCCAUUUCUUUUUUGUUGCAUUGAUGAUGAUGAGUAAUAAUAGUAAUAAUGCGCGACUGUGAUGAGAAGGAGAUCCAAUGGAGGAGGAGAAGAAGCAGAAGAAGAAGAGUCUGGCUUCGAUUCCUGAUAAUUACGUAUCCAUCCUUCAGCUUCAGGAACGUUGGCUGAAGGAGAAAGAGCGGAAACAGAGGAAGCAAAAAGACUCAGUAGAGAGAGGAGUGAAGGCGAAGCAGCAGCAGGUUGAUCAUGAACAACCAAGGAGACAAGAAGAAUCUGCUGUGAAGCCCAAGGAGAAGGGUUUAUGUGGAGUAUCUCGUAUGCAUUCUGCUGUGGAUCGUUGUAAAAAAGAAUCAAAAUGGGUUAAGAAAGAGGAACUUGAGGUCUCUGCAGCAAUUGUGAGCAACAAGGACGAAGUUGGAGGAGAUCCGAGGGAGAAAAAGAAGAGUGAUCCGGUAAAAGAGGACACUAGGAGAGUUUUCACGUCCAAGGGAGAGCAUGCUGCUAAGGAAGAAACUAAAUUUCAGAAACGCUGGAUCAAGAAGAGAGUGGAAGAGGAAGUCAAGGGACCUACGAGGUUGACUAGCGGACAAGGUUAUUACCGAAACCAGAGACAUGAUUGGUCUAUACCUACACGAGCUAUGGUGUGGGUGAAGAAGGGUAACAACCACGGAGCUGCUGGUGAAAAUGGCGUCUUAAUUAUCAUGUAAAGGUUGGAACUUUGGAUCAUUUGCUUUCUAGGGUCUUUGACUUUUGAGUGAUGAUUAAAUCGAAGCUUAAUGAAUAAUGUGUCAAGACUCUUCAUGUGUUGUUGGAUUAUUAGAACUUCUCCAGAAGCAUUAGGUCGUCUAAAGUCUAGGGUUUGAUUCCUAUCUUGUGUUAACAAACUGUACUUGGUGAUGUGUGCAUAAAUGUAAGCAAUUUGAAUCUCAGAGCUUGAUCAGGCGAUUAAUUCUGAAUAAGAUUGGUUUUUGUUUUCAGUUUUGUGUCAAAGGCUCUUGCAGCUUAUUACAGGACUAGUAAUUUAAGCACGAGUCUAUGACUAUGCAU